GUUCUUGAUCUCCCACAAUGGGUGAGCCACAGCAAGUGAGUGCUCUUCCACCACCUCCGAUGCAGUACAUCAAGGAGUAUACAGAUGAAAAUAUUCAGGAAGGCCUAGCUCCCAAGCCUCCACCUCCAAUAAAAGACAGCUAUAUGAUGUUUGGCAACCAGUUCCAGUGUGAUGACCUUAUCAUCCGCCCUUUAGAAAGUCAGGGCAUCGAACGGCUUCAUCCUAUGCAGUUUGAUCACAAGAAAGAACUGAGAAAACUCAAUAUGUCUAUCCUUAUUAAUUUCUUAGACCUCUUAGAUAUCUUGAUAAGGAGCCCUGGGAGUAUAAAACGAGAAGAGAAGCUAGAAGAUCUUAAGCUGCUUUUUGUCCAUGUGCAUCAUCUCAUAAAUGAAUACCGACCCCACCAAGCAAGAGAGACCUUGAGAGUCAUGAUGGAGGUGCAGAAACGUCAACGCCUUGAAACAGCUGAGAGGUUUCAAAAGCAUCUGGAAAGAGUCAUUGAGAUGAUUCAAAAUUGCUUGGCUUCUUUGCCUGAUGAUUUGCCUCAUUCAGAAGCAGGGAUCAGAGUAAAAACUGAACCAAUGGAUGCUGAUGAUAGCGACAAUUGUUCUGGACAGAAUGAACAACAAAGAGAAAAUUCAGGUCAUAGGAGAGAUCAGAUUAUAGAGAAAGAUGCUGCCUUAUGUGUCCUAAUUGAUGAAAUGAAUGAAAGGCCAUGAAGGAUGUUUCUUUUUCUUCUAGCUUUUCUUUUUUCCUUUCAGUAAAUAGCAUCACAUAUUAGUUAAUUUGCUCUUGGAGAGUCUUAAAAGAGAUAACUAUAAGUCAUGUAAAUGGCUUGACUCUCCAACCUCAUUAAUGAUGAGAUGUCAUAGGCGGUAAUUUCACUUUAUGGCAAGCAUAGGCAAAUGAGUGUGCCUACAUUAAGAGUAAUCACCUUAAAAAGGAAAAUGUUUGCUGCUUUUGUGUGGAACCUUCCUGUUUUUGGAGUUGCAGUAAACAUUGAAGAUGUCCUCAGUAAUAGCAGACCUUGUAAAGUAGAUUUGUCAUUUGCUUUAAGAAUGAUAGAUAAAGAAUAUCAAACUGUAUAAAUGUGAAAUUA